GCUUCCGCCUUCCAGAGUGGAAGUUUCCGCCUCCGUGUGCGGCUUACGGACUCAGCUCCUGUAGGCGCAGGCGCGGCGCAUUGCUUCCGUUGCUCGCGGUCGCAGCAGAUCUCUCAUCGAUUUCCGUGCGCGGCGGAGGGGAGAGAUGGCGGAGAGGAAGCGGGUGCUCGUGACGGGGUGCUCCGGCUACCUGGGACAGCACCUCCUCGCCGCGCUGGCCUGCCGCCGACCACUCCUCGACGCGCUCCCCUCCCUCCGCGCCUUCCGCGCCGAUCUCCGCUCCGGCGACGGACUCAAUUCCAUCUCCACGUCAUUCGGUCAGCCACACGAAAUUGUGAACUGCGCCGCGAUCUCAGUUCCUCGGGCCUGCGAAAUGGAUCCAGCUGCUGCUAUGGCCACCAAUGUGCCUUCUUCACUUGUCAAUUGGUUGCUGAGCUUUGGGAAUGGCAACUCUCUUUUGAUUCAUCUCUCAACAGAUCAAGUUUAUGAGGGGGUGAAAUCCUUCUACAAAGAGGAGGAUGAUACAUUGCCAAUUAACAUGUACGUAAAAUCUAAAGUUGCUGCAGAUAAGUUCAUUGUUGAAAAAUGCUCAAACUAUGCAAUCUUGAGAAGCAGCAUUAUUUAUGGGCCACAAACAAUAUCUCCUGUGACAAAAUCUCUUCCCAUUCAGGUUAACCGGGGGGUAGCUUCUCCAUCAGAUAUAUCCAUGGAUAUCACAAAGCUAACUCAGAUGCUUGGUAUCAAGCCAAUCUCAUUUCAAGAUGGAGUCAGAGCUACACUUGAUGCAGAAUCCAGUACAUGAUACUUCCUUAACGGUCUGUUCGAGUUCCUAAGAGAGCUGUUUGAAUCGAGAUUCGGAAGUGUGAUUAGAACCAUAUUUUGUUUGCAAAAUUGCAGCAAUGGUCAAUUCUGUUGAUUCUAUGUGAAAGAUGUCAUUUUGUACUCAUCAAACACCAAUGUCAUCGGUAUUACUGCUUGGUUGUACCAUUCUGAGUGAAAAAAAAUGGCAUUUAUUUUAUAUUUAUUUUUCAGAAGUUUGUAACUGCAUUGUACUAUGUAUACUGUUAUGAGUUGCCAACUACCAUUAAUGAAGAAUCUUUAACCUUA